UAUUAAUCCAUGCAGUGUGAUUCAUCCUUGUGGGAUUCAUUUCCAUUCAAAAUGACUGCAAGCAGAGUUUUUAGUGUAGUUUUCUUUGUGCUGUUGGGUAUGACGAUAUGUUCCGCAGCUAGGACUCUUCUUGAUACUACUACCUAUUAUCCUCAUGGUUAUGGUGGUAAUGUUGGUGGCGAAGGAUAUGGAGGUGGUGGAGGUGCUGGGGGAGGUUCCGGAGGGGCUGUUGUUGAGCAUGGAUACGCAAGCGGCGGAGGAAGUGGUAUAGGAGGUGGGUCUGGGUAUGGCGGUGGUGGCGGAGAGCAUGGUGGUGGAGGAGGUGGUGGUGGUGGUGGCAAUGGUGGUGGAGGUGGAGGUGGUUAUGCUGCUGGUGGCGAUCAUGGUGUUGGGUAUGGAAGUGGGGGUGGUGAAGGUGGCGGUGCUGGAUAUGGUGGUGGUGGUGGUGUACAUGGAGGUGGCGGGGGCGGUGGUGGUGGUGGAGGUGGCGGUGCAGGAGGUGGAGGUGGUGGUGGUGGUGCCGAAGGGGCACAUGCUGGUGGAUAUGGUGGAGGGGAAGGAGGAGGUAGUGGAGGUGGUUAUGCUGCCGAUGGAGGAUAUGGAGGUGGAGGAGGUCAUGGUGGUGGUGGUGGAGCAGGGUCUGCUGGAGGAGCAGGAGCUGGUGGAUACGGUAGUGGUGGGGGAGUUGGUGGCGGCGGGGGAGGAGCCCACGGAGGAGGUUAUGGUGGUGGGGAAGGAGGUGGAGCUGGUGGUGGUGGUGGCUAUGCCAGUGGGGCUGGGUCAGCUGGAGCUGAAGGACAUGGUAGUGGUGGAGGUGCUGGUGGUGGUGCAGGAGGAGCCCAUGGUGGAGGUUAUGGAGGCGGCGAAGGAGGUGGUGCUGGUGGUGGUGGCGGCUACGCUGGUGGUGCUGGCGCUAUUGGAGGAGGUGGAGGUCAUGGUAGUGGUGGAGGUGGUGGUGGUGGUGCAGGAGGAGAACAUGGUGGAGGUUACGGGGGUGGUGAAGGAGGCGGUGCUGGUGGUGGUGGUGGUUAUGCUGGUGGUGGACAUGCUGGUGGGUAUGGUGGAGGCUCAGGUGGCGGCGAAGGUGGAGGUCAUGGUGGCUAUGCUCCCUAGAAAUACUACUGACGUGCCACCGUUGAGUAAUCUAAAGAAGCAUAAUUCUUCUCAGCAAUGAGAAUAAUAUAAAUUAUGUUGGUUAUGAAUGUGUGAUUGAAAGCACUUGAAAUAGUGCAUGGAAAGUGUAUUAUUGUCCUGACAACUAUUAAUAAUAUCAAAAUUAUCUUAAUUAUCA